UUACGGAAUUUAAGCGCGCAGUAAGCUCGAGUAGUGUUUUAUCUUGUUUGCUUGGGCUUGUUCUGUGUAUUUUUGUUUAGAAAACAUCCUACAGCAAUCAUCACCUUACAUGUCGCAGUUUGGUAAUACCGUGCAUUUGUGCUUUAAUCUUUUACCAGGAAAUGUUGACCUAUGUUCCUAUGAACAAGUUUGAAUGUUAUUAGCUUUUUACCUUGCACGCUCAAAACUUGAGAAAAUGAUCCAGAAAGUCAGUAGCAAAUAUUUACAUUCUAAACACUGAGCAGUGAACUUUUACCAAGACUAGCUAUACAUUUUAGCGGCAUGAUCAUGUAUUUGGCUCAACAUGCUUGGUGCGGCACAGACCGCAACGUAAACAGCCAACACCAUUAGCUGGGUAAUUAGAUCAUUUUUCAUCUGCGAAUCGGGUUAUUUUAAAUAAAGAAUGAACCGCCACAACAGGCAGCUCUCCUCGCACCAAAACUAUUAUGGCCAGCAUUCAUCAUUGAAAAGGGAUCGUGAAGAUUCCAGUGGAGAAUUUGCUCAACAUAAACGGAUAAGACCCAUUCAGGACAGUACCGCCAGCAUACCUGCUGCUGCCUCGAUAUCUUCUUUCCCUGCCCAGACCCUGAGCACAAGGCGGCAGCUAUACGAGAGGGAUUUCCCUUUGUACAAACAGCCGGUGGAAGUUGGGUGUUUCUCCCUCGAUUCGGAGCGCAAGUUUUACAACGACGACAGGCAGCUGCGCUACUACGUGGAACCAGAGAAAAGUCCACAUUUCAAGUUGAGUGACGGUUACCCUGAGCGGUAUAUGAGGAGGAAUGAGGGGGUGAAGGAGGGAAUUGACCAUAUUCUGAGGUGGAUCUUGGCGAACAGAUCCAAGCUUGAGGUCUCCCAUGCCGCAGCGACCGGGUCAUCCCCAGCAUGUGAUUUGGGAGUUGAUUUCAUCACAUGGCGUGGUCACCUGACCAAGCUGCUCACCACACCUUACGAGACGAGGGAGGGCUGGAUGCUGGCGGUGACACGGCUACAGGGCACUCUGUACAUGAGCGAGGUGGAGACCGAGACUACCCGCUGGGAUCGCGAGACCCGUUCAGAGAGGCACAAACAGAUGAUGUACUGGGGCUACAAGUUUGAGCAGUACACCUGUGCAGCUGAGCCUGGAGGCCGUCCGGAUGAGAGCGGUGUGGUCAACACCAACGAGGCAUUCUGCACGGUGGUGCGCACACGGCUAGCUGCUCACCGGCUUCUCUUUUCCGGGGAGGUGGACUGCCGGGACAGGGAUCCCCAAGCCCCGCCUGCCCCCGCUUGCUACCUGGAGCUCAAGACCUCUGCUGAAAUCUGCACCCCCAAGCAGCGCAGCAACUUUCACAGGUACAAGCUGUUGAAGUGGUGGGCACAGUCUUUCCUACCUGGAGUUCCCCGAAUCAUCGCCGGUUUCCGUGACGAUGACGGAGUGGUGGUCUCUGUGGAGACCUACCAGACCUCAAAAAUAUCCCAGCUAAUAAAGAAUGAAUAUAACUGCUGGAAACCAACCGUCUGCAUGAACUUCUGUUCUGACUUCCUGUCUUUUGCCAGGAGUGUGGUGAGGGAGGACAACCCCAGGAAGUUUCCUGUUCUUCUCUCUCAGGGUGGUGUACCUCUUCUCCUGGGAGCCACACAGAGAAGUCUCCUACUCCAUCCACAGGGAUACGCAGUACUGCUUCCUGCCUGAUUGGUAUGUGAGUGAAAUCACACACCCUCAGCAGGUAGAAUAGCUACAAAAAAAACCCCACAGGGGCACUGAGGACUGCAAUUCUUACAGCUGAGCUGUGUAAUAUCACCCUUCGGUCGCAUGUGUAUCUAUCAACAGUGAAGUAGUAACCAUGGAAACUGCGGACACUCGUCCUUUCAAAUAUAUUCACGGGACGUGAUGAGCCCCAUCCCCAGAAAUUAAAAUAUAAAAAUUCAUGCUUUUUUCAUUUUUUGUAAAUCGUUCAAGAAAUAAAUGGUUGGUUACUUUCCA